CGAACACACACACACGCACACACACACGCACACGCAAACGCACACACUCUACCAGCGUCACUCCGUUUCCGCCACUCAAGGACUUUCUGGUCUUUCCUCGGAGGAUUUGGGGCAUAUCAAACCUCGUUCGUGAGACAGAGAGACAGGACCCCCCGCUGCAGAGAGCCUCAUCACCAGCUCCAGCCUUUCAGGCUUGUUCUUCAGAGGCAGGCGUGAGCAGUGAUGGGUGAUUGGAGUCUGCUGGGAAACUUCCUUGAAGAGGUACAGGAACACUCGACUUCGGUGGGCAAGGUGUGGUUGACCGUCCUCUUCAUCUUCCGCAUCCUGGUGCUGGGCACAGCGGCCGAGUCCUCCUGGGGCGAUGAGCAGUCGGACUUCAUGUGCGACACUAAGCAGCCAGGCUGCGUCAACGUGUGCUACGACAAGGCCUUCCCCAUCGCCCACAUCCGCUAUUGGGUCCUGCAGAUUGUGUUUGUUUCUACCCCCUCCCUCAUCUACAUGGGCCACGCCAUGCACACGGUGCGCAUGGAGGAAAAGAGGAGGCAGAGGGAGCAGGAGCAAGCCGGGGAUGGGGACGGGGAUGCGCCUGGGGAAAAGGGCUACCUGGAGGACAGGGAGUCCGAGAAGAUCCAGCCCUCGGGAAAGAUUCACCUGCGGGGGGCGCUGCUGAGGACGUACAUUUUCAGCAUUCUGAUGCGCACCGUCAUGGAGGUGACCUUCAUCGUGGGACAGUACAUGAUUUACGGGGUCUUCCUCGACUCGCUCUACCUGUGCAAGGCCUUGCCCUGCCCCCACCCGGUCAACUGCUACAUGUCGCGGCCCACCGAGAAGAACAUCUUCAUCGUCUUCAUGCUGGCGGUGGCGGCCGUGUCUCUCUUCCUCAGUGUGGUGGAACUCUACCACUUGGCCUGGAAGCAGUCCAAAAGGUGCCUGAGGGCGUAUGCCGCCUCCCGUGUCCUGGAGAGCACGCCCCCUGUUGUGGUGCAAGUUGCUCCGGAGACCGGCACCCCGCCUCACUCCACCCGCACUCCACCCCCGGACUUCAGUCAGUGCCUGGCGCCGCCCCCCCCGCACGCCCACCCCAACUGCCACCCCUUCAACAACAGGAUGGCCCACCAGCAGAACUCGGCCAACUUGGCGACCGAACGCCGGCGCAGCCACGACGACCUGGAGGCAGAGGACUUCCUGGACAGGAGCUCAGUGGACGGACCUGGGACUCCGGCUCCCCUGCUCCACGGCACCUUCCGGAAGGACAAGCGCCGUCUCAGCAAGACCAGCGGAUCCAGCAGCCGCGUAAAGCCUGACGACCUGGCCGUGUAGGCCCAGAACCUGGCCACGUAUGCCCAGAACCUGGCUCGGGGGGGGGGGGAGAGAGACGGAGAAUAGAAACAUUGAGAGGGGAGGGAGGUCAGGAGGAAGAGAGGGGAAGAUAGAGAGCAGGAGGGAAGGAGGGGGAGGGGAAUGCACAAUAGAAAGGGAGAGAGGGAGAGAGAGAGAGCAAAUGGGAACGCGAAUAUAGCUAGGCGCAGAGAGCAACCCGUCUGGACACAGAGAGGAAAACAGAGAGAAAGAAUCCAGCCUGGCACAGAGAGGCUGGGACAGAAGGCCCUACAAGGAGAGACCGAGGUUCUGUAGCCCUGUGUCAGAGAGCACUUUAGUUCUGAUGCCCCUUGAGCAGGCGCGUGCAGUGGACAGGGGACACUGUGAAACAGGCUGUGCUGUGGAACACUUUCAGAUGUCUGCAGCAAAAAAAGAGACCGAGACUAUUAUUUGUUUAAACUGUGCGAGAAUUACCUUGUUGAUGUGACCGUGAGACAAUUGUUCAUACCACUUUAUGGCAUUGUAUUAUAUUACAAAACCUUAGAGCCUUGAAAUGUCAUAUCUUUCCACUUGUUUUGCUCUUUUGUUUUUAGCACUAGCUGAAAGACAAAUGUUAAUCUUUCAUCACAGAGACCUGCGGGAUGCGCUGUUGGGGAUAGUUUCUCCUUACCUACAUUCAUUUUCACAUUGUAAGAACAAAAUAUCACAACCCUCAACAGGCACAAACCAGCUGUUGAACAGCUCUAUAUUUACCCCCUUAACUCAUCCAAGGUAACAAGUGUUUGACACCAGGGUAUCAGCGCCUGUAACCGUUACGUAUCUCCACACAGUGUUAAGCUGCUUUGCUUGAGGCUGUGGAAUGUCAGAAGACCACGUCCAGGAUGCCGUGAAUGGCAGGGCUAUGAAUAAGACUUGUGGUCUGGACUGAAAGUUUAGCCGUCCAUGACACACUCAAGCCUGUCGCCACGCGCUGUCGGAAGCAAACCAUGGAAGACAAUGUAAAAAUGGCAUCUAGGGGUUAGGUGCAAAGCAUCUCUGAUAGCUCCGUCCUAAAAAAAGAACCCCGGCAGCUGUCAUUGUGUUGAGUUUCAUAUCGCACAAACAAAAAUGUAUUUUGUCUCAAAGCACCGCUAUUAAUUACAAAAGCACACAGUUGUUCAUCCGUAGUUGUUCUGUUUUUAAAUCACGAGAUACUGGAGGCCUUUCUGAACUGAGUCACGAGAAACACGUUUCUUCAGAGCCAGAACUAAAGCACUGUUAUCCUACUGUAGCCUCUCUAUACAGCUCUACAAUAAAGAGUAAAUGAGACUUA